AUGAAGAACCCCGGAGGCUUCCUCUGCCGGCUAUGGAUCGCCUGUGCCGUAUUCGUCUCUGCUGUCGGAUUUGAGGCUGAGGCAUUCUCAUGGGGCAGCCGCGCCCGUGACUUGGAUGCGUCUCCUCCGAGACAGACACAGACCUCGCUUCAUGAUUCUCCGAAGCCUUUGAGGCUCGGUGACAGACCAAACAAGUACGAGAUUGCGCUGAGCGAACUCCAAGCGCUCGAAUCGGAGCCACUGUGCCAUCGCAUUGCCGCACGCCUCCUGGUCAAUAAUUGUCAACUGCUCGACGGACGCGACGAAGCAACCGUCUUGACGGACAGCGGCAGACUCGCGCGCGAUUUCGUGGACUCUUUCGCAGCUAGUCUAGCCAUCUGCGACUUGGAACGCGGAAGUUUCUUGAUUCCUAAAGACUGCGCCCUGUUCCGCGAGUCUGCCUUGGCAAAGGUCCCUGCGCCCGUUAAGCCUCACCUCCAUGUAUCUGCGGCGCAAGUGGACAAGUGCCUGCAGGGUCUUGCCCAGUCGGACUCGGCGUGGAACACGUGGGUGAGCUAUCGUCACAAGGCGUUACGCUUCUGUGAGGCUGCGCGUUCCGAGAACGAGAAAGACCAAAACAUACACCUGUAUGAGAGAAUAACCAAGAUUCUUGCGAAGCUCACGGAUGACGUCGAAGCAGAGCUCGAAAUACGACUGCAUGUAUUGGAUACUAGACUUGCAGAUACCGCCUCUCGGCUCGACCGCAUCGCCCCCCACGUGGAUGACCUGAGGGUCGGACUGUCCCAAGUCGAGAAGAUUGUUUCUGAAGCCAUCGCUCAUAGCGCAGAGGAUACAGCAGCAACGGUUAGAGACGGGCUACAGGAGGCGCGCAACCUGCGGCAGCUGCUUGCAGCUCUCCUUGCGACUGUAGCGGAAAGUGAGAGCGGUGCACUCUCUCAACAUCAUGCGCUCCAGAAAGCCUCUAACCAGGCGCACAACGAGCUCUCGGUUGUGCUGACCAGCUUGCAAACGGCCACCGUAAACGCGAUAGCCCUGCAACAGGAGCUUCUCGAGUCACAAUCUCGUGCGGACGAAAUAUCUCGACGACAAGAGACAAUAGAAGCGGGCAUGGAGAACCUCGCAAAGCUCGCCGAUACCCUAGCGAUCAAGCAUUAUGGCCACCAGAAAGCCUUGAGUGAUGCUCAGGAAAGCGUUGAGCAAGUUCUCGACACGCUUGAGUCGGUUUCCACAUCUGCCGGCGGUCUACGAAGCUCGAUGAGUGGGCUUAGUAUGACUAAGUGGUGGCCGUAUCUGCUCUGUCCCGUCACUACCCUCAUCGUUGGCUCGUAUGGCCUUCCGCCAUCUGCCAUGAGAAACAUGCUUCUUCUCGGCCUAGGAGAGGCAGCAGGCUUUAUCAUUACGACGGCAAAUCAGUAUACUUCAUCCAAGACAAGCACGGGCUCGGUGAGCGCAGGCCUGCCGUUGAAUCGCUCCAGUACAUUAAACACGGCUUAUUCUAUUGAUGACUUUACGGACCAUGACUUGAGGCGUCGCAAAUACUUUGAGACAUUUUAG